CUUGCAUCUGCAACUAGUAAAGCAAGAGCUUAGUUAAGCCUGCCCUCGCCCACAUUUUCAACACCAUGAUAGCCAUAAUUUUAUUAUCCGUAAUUGCCACGGUCCUCGGGUCGCCUCAGUACUAUCACGGUGCCCCGCACGCGUACGCGCCGCACGGUGGCGCAGCCCCCCUGGGACCGGAUGGCCGAGUCGUCGACACCCCCGAGGUAGCGCACGCCAAAUCCGCUCACUUGGCCGCCCUGGCCGAGGCCGCCGCUCGAGCGCCCAAAGGCCCGGUGGGCCACUACGACGCGCCCGUCCAUGCCCACGGACUGGCUUACGCCCCGCACGCCGCUUACGCUCAUGGACCACGGUACAGUGGACCACCUGCGCCCCUCGGACCGGACGGUCGUGUUAUAGAUACCCCCGAGGUCGAGCACGCCAAGGCCAUCCACUUCUCGCUGUACAAUGCUGAGGUGCAGAAAGCCGGACCUCCUGGACCAGUCCAUGGCCCAGCUCUUGGACACUACGGAGCUCCAGUUUAUCACGACGGCUCUUACAACCCUGCCCACGACUACUACUGAGCAGUCAACGAAUCACCAUCAUCGAUAUAUAUAUUAGAACGGUGUGCUUCUCUACUCUAUAUAGGUUCUUUGAGUGAUGUAUGUUAAUUCAAUUGCCCUCAAUUUGUUGUGCUAUCGAUGAAUUUGUUAAUCUGUCGCUUCUUAUGACUCAAUAGAAGCAAGCAAAAAAACAAAUUUCUCGGAAAAUGAAUUUCAUUUCACUCUCUACUACCCCCAGUCAUUCGAUUUAAACUGGCAUCAUCUAACAAAGUUCACAUUCACUACAUUGCGUAAAUCGAAAUCUCAUUAUCACCUACAAGACUGGAUAACUCCCUCUUACUUUACUUUUUUCUCUCUAUCAUUCCUGCUUUCAUUUUCUCUUGUGCCGACUGUUUGAUUACAAACAAGCGUACUAUCUAAACGGUCAUAAAAACCGAAAUCUCUAAGCAGCCAUAAAUAUUAAAGCCAUGUACUGUAUCGAGUAAUACAAAUCGAUCUGAAUGAUAAUUUUGUGGUUUUGCAAUUGUCUGCACAUGGUGACACGAAAAUAACGACAGCAGCAGCUUUUACUUGCGCAACCAUGUAAUCACAAGUAUUAUCUUUAGAUGUACCAAAGAGAGUUUGACGAAUACACCGAAGCGGAUUCCAAAACCCGCCCUUCGA